AUGGCGGUGUCAUCGUCCUCGUCUGGGUCACAUGGCUCCCAAGGGUCCUCAGUGGGCGUAGGAGUGUGUGGCCUGCUGGAUGUGCGCGACGGACUGGUUAAGAACGUGCUUGGAGUGGGUCGAGAUGAAGAUGACGGUGGCGGCCGCGUAGGUCUCGAGGUCGGAGGUGGUGGUGGUGUGGGCCUAGACGUUGGUGGUAACGUGGAUCUAGAGGUUGGCGACAGGGGAGGAGAAGGUCUCGAUGUAGGGGGUAACGAAGGUGUAGGCCUUGAUGUUGGUGGACCUGGCGGAGUAGGCAUUGACGUUGGCUUGAUGGGAGUUGUUGGCACAGGCCUAGACGAUGAGACCGACGGAAUGGACCUAGAAGACGAAGACAAGGGAGGCAUUGGGCUCGGGAAGGAAAUGGGUGGGAUGGGUCGUGUUGUCGGGAUAGGAGGUAACAUUGUCGUGUUGAAGACUGGCGGCGAAGGUCUGGCCGUGGGAAUGCUCAGCGACGGCAAGCUCAGAGUCGGAAGGCUCAAUGUUGGGAGCGGCAAUGAUGAUACCGAAGGGAUAGGUCCGGAAGAUACGGCAGGCGCUGGCCGCGAAGGCGAGAUGGGGGCGUUAGGCCUCGAUGUUGGAAACGGUGGCACAACAGUCGAAUUGAGGACGGAUGAUGAGGGUAUGACAGUGGGAAGGCUCAACGUUGGUAGGCUCAAUGAUGGCAGACUUGGCGUAGGAGUUCCGAACGUUGGUAAUGGCCUAGAUGACGAGACGGGGGGUAAAGGUCUAGUUGUCGGAAAUGGCGGAACAACAGUUGUAUUGAAGACAGGCGGCGAGGGCCUCACCGUGGGAACACUCAGUGAAGGCAGACUUAAUGAUGGCAAGCUCAGUGAAGGCAGACUCAACGUUGGCAAGCUCAGUGAUGGUAGGCUCAAUGAUGGUAAGCUCAGUGAUGGUAGACUCAACGAUGGCAAGCUUAGCGUAGGCAGACUGAGCGUCGGAAUUGGUCUAGAGGACGAGGUCGCCAUCGAUGGCGCCAGUGUUGAGUUGAUCGCCGGCAGCGAAGGCCUCACCGUUGGAGCAGUGAGCGUUGGCAAGCUUGUUGAAUUGAGGACCGGAGGUAGCUGUGGCGGUCUCAAGGUCGGCAGCGUCAAUGUCGGCAGCGGUGCUCGAGAUGUAACCGGUAGGGUUGCAGAAGGACGCGUGGUCGAGUUUAAUGCUGGAGUUGUGGGAAUACCAAUCGGGACGCUGGAUGAUGGAAGUGACAAGCUCGGGGGCAAUAUCGGCGAGAUCGAAGGCAAAGAUGUUCGCGAGAUGUUCACACUGGGUAGUGGAAGCGUCAAUGAGGGCAGAGCCGUAGGUAGCGACAAAGAUGGGAGCGACAAUGACGGUAGCGAUAGAGACGGCAACGAUAGAGACGGCAACGAUAAAGAUGGUAACGAUAAAGAAGGUAGCGAUAAAGACGGUAGAGACAAGGUCGGCAGUGGCAAUGUCGUUGGCCUCGAAGAUAAAUUAGAUGUGGAAAUCGAGCGCGAAACAUUGACGCUGGACACCGGUGGUAGGGUCGGCCGCACAGUCGGAAGGGUGAUGAUUGGCGAUGAAGUCACCGAAACCGUUGGUAGUGGAACCAAAGAGCUACUGGAUGGGCCACCGAAGCUGAGGGAGCCAGAGGCAGAGUCGGUCGUCACACUCCCACCCGUCGUAGGACGGGGGAUGCCGGAGGGAAGACUCCAUGUAAGGUUUUGCGCUGCAGCUACGCUAAACAAGCCGAGCAACGUAAAAGAAGUUUCCACAAGCAUGGUGGUCUGCAGCUCUGAAGUGGAACGACCACAAAACUAG